AUGGGGCCGCGGCACCUGCUGCUGCUGCCGCUGCUCCUGCUCUCCCUGCAGCUCCUGGCCCUGCUGCUGCCGCUGCCCGCGCAGGCGGCCGGGCCCCCCCGCGCCAAGGGCAACCGGACCCAGGGGGCGGCGGCGGCGCGGCGGACCCCCAAGCCGGGCAGGGAGCUCCUGAACCAGACGCUGGCGGGCCCGGGCGCCGCCGCCCCCACGGCGCUGCCCGGGCGCGGCAAGGGCGCGGGGGGCGGCAAGGCGGCCCCCGGAGGCGGGGGCUCGGCCCCGGCCCACGAGACGUGCUGGGGGUACUACGACGUGAGCGGGCAGUGGGACAAGGAGUUCGAGUGCAACAACAGCCUGACGGGCUUCCGCUACUGCUGCGGCACCUGCUUCUACCGCUUCUGCUGCAACAAGCGCGCCGAGAAGCUCAACCAGAGCCUGUGCCGCAACUACAAGAGCCCCGAGUGGGCCCACCCCACCACGGCCAGCGGCGCCCUGCCCGCCGACGGCGGCGACGGCGGCGACGGGGACGCCAACAAGUACGACCCGGACAAGGACAGCACCAACGCCACCGUGUACAUCUCGUGCGGGGCCAUCGCCUUCGUGCUCAUCGCCGGCGUCUUUGCCAAGGUGGCCUACGACAAGGCGCGGCGCCCGCCCCGGGAGAUGAACAUUCACAGGGCUCUGGCCGACAUCCUAAGGCAGCAGGGACCAAUCCCAAUCGGACACUGUGAAAGAGAGACAAUCUCGGCCAUAGAUACCUCCCCCAAAGAGAACACCCCAGUCAGGACCUCCUCCAAAAACCAGUACACACCAGUACGCACCUCCAAGAGCAACCCAGGUCACUAUGGGAAGGAUAUUUAUCGCAGUGGAGGGCCAGAUCUCCAUAAUUUCAUCUCCUCCGGCUUUGUCACGUUAGGAAGAGGACACACGAAGGAUGACCAAGAACAAAAUUAUAAUCACCUGAUACUAAACAGUGACAACCAGACACCUACACAUGACAAGCCACGAAUGAACAACAUCCUGACUUCAGCCACCGAGCCCUACGACCUGUCCUUCUCCCGCUCCUUCCAGAACCUCUCCCACCUCCCGCCCUCCUACGAGUCUGCUGUCAAGACCAACCCCAGUAAAUACUCAUCUCUCAAGAGACUCACUGACAAAGAGGCUGACGAGUACUACAUGAGGAGGAGACACCUGCCUGACCUGGCGGCCCGGGGCACGCUGCCCAUCAACGUCAUCAAAAUGUCCCAGCAGGGCAACCAGCGGGACAGGCCACGCCGCCCCAUCAGGGCCAUGUCCCAGGACAGGGUGCUGUCUCCGGAGAGGAUCAUGCCCGAGGAGUUCAGCAUGUCCUACGAGCGGAUCCUGUCGGACGAGCAGCUGCUGUCGGCAGAGCGCCUGCACUCGCAGGACCCGCUGCUGUCCCCGGAGCGCUCGGCCUACCCCGAGCAGUCCAUGUCCAGGGCGCUGUCACACACGGAUGUCUUUGUGUCAACACCGGUCUUGGAUCGCUACAGGAUGUCAAAAAUGCACUCCCAUCCCAGUGCCUCAAAUAACUUGUACAACACCUUGGGUAUGAACCCGACCUCGGCCAAGCGCCAAGCAUUCGCCUCGCGCCGGCACAACACGGUGGAGCAGCUGCAUUACAUCCCCGGGCACCACCACCACUACCGCACCGCCAGCAAAACUGAGGUGACUGUUUGACACGACCCAGUGCAUUGUAGAUACUCCUUAAGGACUGGGGUGGCCACAGCACCCUGUUCUGCAGUGGCCUUAUAGGCCAAGAUAACCUCUACUAACUCAGUGUCUGCAAAGACUUCUCUGGCAGUCCCACCCACGUUGUUUUUAAAGCCACCCCUCCAUCAGUGACACAGGAAGAACUGAAGCGGCAGUCAGACACUAGUGAGGGAUGACAGAGGGAAUUUCCUGGCGUGCAUCAGUUUCUGUCAAAGAAAGCCAUAGUAAUCGAUGGCUCCUUCCAAGGGCUCACCUGCAUUACCCCAUUGUUUCCAUGAAUUCAGGACUUUUCAGUUGCUCCAAGGAGAAGCAGCCUGAGACAGGGAGGAGGAAAUGCAGACCCCCCCCCAAUCCUGGCAGGAAGGGGCCUCGUUCUUGGCCCUCAUGUUUGGCCUUUCUGUAGCAAGUAGGGAAGUCCUGGCUGCUGGGGCCAGCCCCAGGCUGCUCCACACCCGUCAGCAACCACACAUCUGUUCUCUGUCACCCUUGGAGCAAAUUCAAGGGCAGACUUUCCUUCGGGACUGGCAGAUCUAGGGACAAGAAUAGCCUGGCUGAGAAAUAAAGUUUUAGUUUAUACUAAAUAUACUCAUAAGAUAAAAAAACAUACUAGUGCCUACAAAUCGCCUGCUCUCUCAGUGUAGGAAGUAGUGGGGUUGACGUGUUCAAUAAGCACAAAUAUGCUGAAACGCUUGUUAGACCCUUUUCUCCACUCAUUCUAGUAUCUUGGUGUCUCCAACAUGUAAAUAGGAAGGAGGAAGAGGGUUUCUCUUCCUCCAGCUUCUCGCCACUGCUGAACCUGAAGCAGCAGAACCCGUUCAGCUCCACACUGCUGACCUGUGCUGGGGCAGGUCCCGACCCCACCGAGGCUGCCGCGCCUCUCACCGAGCCUGGAUUCUCCCCACAAGUUUCUUUUCCCUAUAGCAUUUUCCAUGGCCCAGUUCCCCUGUUUCUGAGCAUUUUCUCCUCCCAUUCACAGCCUAGAAUCCAUAUGUAGCAAAUCUUUUUGCAGCCCUUAGCAGAGGCACAAGGCUGAGGGUGUCUGUUUACCGAAAAGCAGGUCGGUAACUUUCCGUGGUUCUCUCUCCCUGCAAUGGCCUCCCAAGAAAACCUUCCAAAUUCCAAUUCCACUGAGUCCCAAUCCUAACCAUGAAGACAGUUACAUUUCAUGCAUAUAAAUUAUAUAUCCAGCAUAAUUAUAAUUAAUGGGCAUGUUGUAUAUCUGAUAUAAUGCUAAUUAGAUACUGUAUAUUUGUAAAAUCUUUAAAACAUAGACUCGUGGGUCCAGAAUUUGAGAGGGUUUUACCUUUGGCUUUCCAGACAGAUUGGGCUUUGCUUUGUUUUCUUGUUAGAUUUGGGUUUGAUUUUUCUUUUCAUUUUCUUUUCCCCCCUUUGAUUUGUGUUCCUACCAAACUCUGUAAAACCGACUCCCACCAGAACACACUUCUGCAGCCAGGAAAGGGUCUCAGAGGGUUUGAAGGCCAGCCAGAGCUGGUGCUGGAGCUGUGGGUGCUGGACACUGUCCCCAGCGUGCCCUCGAGGCCCCAGCACAUGCACACACCCCAUGGGUCAGGGCAGGCACGCUCCUUCCUCGGGGUGAGGUGAUGUCUGACUUCAGGCUGUGAGCACAUCCCUUGCACUUCUCUUCGUGUCCCACGUCCCCACACUGACUCUUUUCCUAAACAACUCUUCAUUAGGCAUCCUAAACCUUGCUCUGCCCUCCUCCCUCCCCUCAAAUACCUCCCACCUCCUGGCCUUAAUGAUACUCCCAGUCCAACUGUGCCAAGUCCUGUAGCAAACAAUGAUUUAGGGCGUGAGUCUCCUGUGGAGGCUCUGGUGCAGCGCCAGCAUUGUCUGGUGCAGGGCAGGCAGGAGGAGCAUGUCCUUACCCCAGUGGGACACACAGGUGGGCCUCAAUGGGGUGUCCAGGUGGCCUUUCUCCUUCCCAGGCUGUCCUGGAGCUGGUCCUAUUUCCAGAGCUUUAUCCUGCCCCAUCUGAUGGAGACUGUGCUGAGAAGGACUCCAUCAGUCAGAGGUUACUGGGGCUUUGUUUGACGGAAACUGAGCUGGGAGGGAAUAAAUUAAAUAAAUAAAUAAAUAAAUAAAUAAAUAAAUAAAUAAAUAACAGUCUCCAGGGUCAGAUCCUGCAGCCUUGGGCAAAAUCACUCUGGGCAACAACCAGAACUGUCUGUGGAUCAGGGUGGCAGUCCAUGGCACGGGAGGGAUGGGAGAGAAGAGGCUCACAGCUCGCCUCCUGCCCCCUCCUUUGAUGGACACUACUCUCCCCUGACUACCUCCAAGCUCCUCGGCUCAGCCCCUGGAUUUCUCCUCCCAGAAGACAAUCCCUGUGAAAACAUUGCCCUGCUGACCUUCCCACAGGCCAGAGGGUGGGACUCGUGUGAAGAGAAGAGAAGCUCUCACGGCCGAUGGGGAGGCAGCCCCUGCUGAGGUUCUGGGGCUCUUCCACUCUCCCUUGGCCCAGGCCAAGCCAGGGGGAUCUGAACACUGUGGGAGAGCAGAGUGCACUGUAGAGUCUCCAGGAGCUGUGGUGGCAGAGCUGGAGCAGAGGUGACGUGGGAGGCUGUGGGUAGGUGAACACUCCUCUCUUUCCAUGUCCAUAGCUAUCUGUCUCAAGCUCUAGUCCUCAUUUAAUGUUCCAUUUGUGAGCUAAGAAGAUGCUGGACCAGAUGCAAAUUUGGAAAUUUUUCAUUCAAGCAGCCUGUGCUGAUGCUGAGCUGGGCCAUUUGACGUCUGUGUCUUCUCCUGUUGUGGCUAGCAAAUAUCACAGGCCCUCUGCUUUUUUGUGUCUUACCUGGGCAAGAAUCCUCCAGAGAAAUUUCAGCCUCAUUUCCUUGUCUUUUUUCCACCCACUCAACUGCUUCAAGCAGAUGUGUCCCACAAGGAGCCUUUUUAGGCCAAAUCUCUUCAGGGACUCUGCCACCACCACAGAAAAUUUUCAGCAAAUUUCCUUGGGAAGGAACUGUGCCCUGAAUACCACCAUGUGUUCCCACAGCUCACUCUGUGUGCUGGAAUGGGUCCGUGGAUGGCAUUUCGGCACACACAAAGGUGUCCUUAGGUCAUUUUUCUCCUUUAUUCCUCCCUCUGAGAAUUUGUCACUGAAAGAACACUUGGUCUGGGACCGAGUGUCAUCACUCACAGCCUGGUCCCCAGCACUUCAUUCCCAUGUGAUGAUAAUGGGAAUUUCCAGUCCUGUGGAGGGCUCAGACCACAAGGUCUGUGAAGUGCUCUGAGACCCUCUCACAACAGAAACUGUAGAGCAGCAAAGUGUUUUUGUUAAUCUUGUUUGUCAUUGUCCUGACACGUGGUGUGUGAUGUGCCACAUCCUCUCUGCCCAGGAGGAGCGUGCUGGGCUGGGAUUGCCCAGGUUCCCACUGCUCUCCUCUGGGCAGGGUCCUGGCAGGCUGCAGCUCCAAGGGAUGCUGUUCCCUGCCCUGGGACCCUCCUGCUUCCUUCUCCUCGUGUCUGAGUCACCACAACACCCUGCACUCAGGAGAAAAGCGGGAAGCAGCCACAUUCCUCUGUACAGUGAAAUAUAACCUGCCUUGAUUAAUCUCAUAUACUCUGAAGAAUUGAUCUGUAUUUUCUCCACCCACAGGUGCAAGCAAACACCUGGGGAGUGUCCAGUUCCCAGAGUGCAUGUGCAGGGACUGGGGAAGGGGGAUGUAGAAAAUUUAUAGUAUUUCCUACAAGCUGAUAAUUAUUUGCAUUCCCUGAGCAGCAACACAUCCUGGAUGGCUGCACUGGGUUUUAUACAAUUCUCUGUGUAUGUGUAUAUAAAUACAAAUAUAUAUAUAUAUACAUACAUACUGUAAAAUGCAAUCAACACGUUCUGACUGACCCUGUACCAACUGAAGCUUCCAAACUGUGUUGAAUCAUUCUUUGAAAUGUGGAAAACUAUUUUUAAUGAACCACACACAGCACCACACGGAGCAGAAACUUUGUCAUAAAAAGCCUUCUAAUGCCACUGAAUCAUGUUUUAAGAAAAAAAAAAAAAAAAGAAAUAUUUUUCAACGUUUUAAUGUUCCUUUUAUAAAUGAUGAUCUGUUACUUGGGGAUGGGGGUGGGUGGGAAGAAACAAGAGACAGUUGUCCGGGAGUAAGCCCUCCUUCCCUGGCCUGGAUUUAAUUUCUGUCUGCUGAGCCUGGCUGGCUGCAAAGCUGCUCCCAGGAAUCUGAGCUUCCCACAUGCACAUUUCUGUUCUGUCAGAAGCAUUCCCACCAGGAAUCUGCAGGAGCUUGGCAUCAGGUUUAUGUAGCUCCUGGUAGCUGGGAAGACAUCCUCAUCUCCUUCCACCACCACAAACAAAAUCUCCAUGGAACAGGAUAACUUUAAUUGUGUUUGAGAUGUGUGUUCUAUUUGUGAUCAAUUUGCCAUGUUCAGCUCACAGAGAAAUAGCUUGUCUUAGUUUAGUUUCAGAUUUACUGCUUAACCUGGAAGGAGGGGCUCUGCUGAAACACCUUUGGCACAAACAGAUUUGGUGUUCGGGUGUGUUUCAGCUGAGUGAAAGAUGGGAAAGGUGUGAGAAAGGGGCUUAAAUAUUUUCUAGAGAGUGUUGUUAGCAAUAAGCCCAUGUUGGGGCUGCUCCUUGGGGAACGGCCACUCCUGUGCUGUGUGUCCACAGGCAGGUGGGAGCAGGGAUCAUUCCCAGCUCUCCAUGGUGAGAGGUGCCCUCCUGAGCCCAAAUCCCAGCUGGGAGAAGCAAAAUGUGCUUCACCCAAGGCCGGGGGAGAGCUGGAUGGGGCUGUCUGAGUGUGUCAGUGUUAAUCUGAGAGAGAUCUCUGCUCCCACACCCCGGCUCUCCACCGUGGCCACACCGUGUCCGGGAGGUCUCCAUGCCAGGAGGUCUCCAUCCUGAGAGGUCUCCAUCCUAGAAGGUCUCUCUCCAUCCUAGGAGGUCUUUCUCCAUCCCAGGAAUCUCCAUGCCAGGAGGUCUCUCUCCAUGCCAAGAGAUCUCCAUCCCUGAAGGUCUCCAUCCCAGGAGAUCUCUCUCCAUUGCCAGGAGGUCUCCAUCCAAAGAGGUCUCCCUCCCUGGAGGUCUCUCUCUGUCCCAGGAGGUCUCUCUGUGUCCCUGGAGGUCUCUCCCCAUCCUGGAAAGUCUUUCCCCAUCCCUGGAAGUCUCUCUCCGUCCCUGGAGGUCUCUCCCAUUCUGGGAGGUGUCUCUCCAUCCCAGGAGGUCUCUCCCCAUCCCGGGAGGUCUCUCCCCAUUCCUACAGGAGUCUGUCUCCAUCCUGGGAGGUCUCUCCCAUCCCUGGAGGUCUCCCUCUCUCCCUGGAGAUCUUUCUCUGUCCCUGGAGGUCUCUCCCCACCCCAGAAGGUCUCUCCCCAUCCCAGGAAGUCUCUCCCCAUCCCUGGAGAUCUCUCCCCAUCCCUGGAUGUCUCUCCCAUCCCAGGAGGUCUCCAUCCCACCCCUGAAGAUCUCUCCCCAUCCCACAAGGUCUCUCUCCAUCCCUAGAGGACUCUCCCACCCCUGGAGCUCUCCAUCCCACUCCUGGAAGUCUCCAUCCCACCCUGGGAGGUCUCUCCUCAUCCCAGGAGGUCUCUCUCCACCCCUGGAGGUCUCUCUCCAUCCCUGGAGGUCUCCAUCCCACCCCUGGAGGUCUGUCUCCAUCCCUGGAGGUCUCCAUCCCGCCCCUGGAUCUCUCCAUCCCACCCCGUUGCCAGGAGGAGCCUCUCCUCCUCGCCCUCUGCUCCGCCGCCCGCAAACCCCUGAGACAUUUUUGUAGCAAGAAUUUCUUGGCUCUGAGAACGACACUUCUUACUGUAACAUUUUUAGUUCGGGGGACAAUAUUUCCUAAGAGGGGUUAAGUGGAUAUUUUUGUGCUUUAGCCCAGUUUAUGGAUUCCAUGUUUAUUAUACAGUAGUACUGAAGAGGAAGUACAUUUGUAUCUGUAACUUUGCACAGACUCUUGGUUAACCAUUAAACAAGCUUCAAGAUGAGCAGUAUUUGACUGUUUUUCUCUGUAUUAUUCUUGUUGUUAUACUUACCUGUAAAAGCACAUUCUGUAUGUACUGUAAACAAAAAUAUUAUCAGUUUAGUAAAAUUUAGAGUCUUAAGGAUUUUUCCACUUUUGUCAGUAACAACUAUUUAUGGAUUAAAAAAUAAAGGCAAUUUCAACAUAUAAAUUGUUUCUUUUUGAUAUCUAUUGGGGGGAAAUAAAAGCCAUUUUCUUGGCAGCCUUCCCAAUCUUUGUAACCAGCGUUUGAAAGGUGGAUACCUGUGAUUCUGUGUGUAGUUAAAUAGCAUCUAUUAAAAUGAAUGCUGCAAGGUC